AUGGCCGCGCCCAUGGGAACGAUAAUUCCUGGCAGCAUGAAAGAAGCUGGAGGAGGUCGUGAACAACCCGCGAAAGUCUGGCAGCCAUGGGAUCAAGAUGAUGAUCGCAAGAAAUCGUCUGAAGUCAGUAGUGAUGGAAAGCGACGAGCGGAGAGUCCACUAAGCUUGGUGAAAGAUCCAUUGCCUACCAAGGUUCAGUGUGUGAGAAACCGUGCCCUGGAACCGCUGGGAAGGUGGCCGGGUGAAACUCGUGAGAAUGCAUUGGACUAUUGCAUCGUGAGGUCGGAACGACCCAUUUACGGGGAAGCAAGUUCUAGCACGAGCAGCGGGUGGCCUGCGAGCAUGCGUCCGUUGUUGCCGCCGCCGCCGUACACGAAUCGUGUGAAAGACGUGGUGGACGCCGUGCCGCUGGACAUGCGGAAGAAGCAGCGGGAAGAGUCGCCACCGCCGUUGACUCCCGUCCGACCAUCUGUGAUACCGGCGCCCGUCGCGGUCCUGCCUCCUCCGCCCAGCUAUCCGCAUCAUUCCGAGUUUCGCCGCGCCCGGGUUGGCUCGGGCGAAGUGACUUCCAUGACCGGCGGAUCCAAGCGUCCUCCCGCUGCUACCGACCUGCGGAGAGAGACGCCACCCCCUCUUACUGUUUCCUCCAUCAUCGGAAGCAGUGAUCCUGUGAUAGACGAUCAUUUCCGGCGCUCGUUGGGCCCGUCCUACCAGAAGUUGUUCUCUUCCCCCGCGAUCUCAUCUUCAUCGGAAGCUGCUUUGAAUUCCGCUUCCGCGGCUACCUCUUCAUCUUCGGUCUCUUCUUCCUCUUCAAACCGUUCCUCGCCAACCUCCAGCGUCACAGGACUAUCAGUGGAUGACCAUUUCGCAAAAGCGCUGGGGUGCGAAACCUGGUCUCGGAUCCGAGCGGGAACAGCGUCUUCAGUGUCCCCGGGCAGCGGGGAGAAGCCGUGCUCUCCGGAAACCCUCAGCUCAACAUCCGUGGACACCAAGAAUCUUAUAUCCGCGUGAACAGAAGACAAGAAAAAAGACAGAAAACUUAAGCAUUUCAAAUUCCCGACUUGAAAAAAAUAAUUGUGGAGUUCGCGAGUUUGCGCGCAUCCGUCCAUACGGUGGCCUUUUUGAACAUUUGAAGCCUUGUAAUGUUCUCGACCGGGUGUAGAGUAGGUGGUCUUUCGGUGUACAAUUAUGUUUUUGGAUUGUUGUCGCGAUCAAUUCUGCCUCAAUUGUAAUUCUCAUCCUCCUCUUCUUUUUUUUUUCUUCGUUGUGCGCUCUCACCAGAGGUUCUUCGUUACAUUCUCUAGUUUCAUACGAGAUGUCGCUUCAGGACGGCGUUCUUCACUUCCAUGUAUCCAUCCGUAAACGUUUUAGUCUGGCAUCUGCUAUUAAUUUUCAGCUUUCUUUUCUGAUUUCAUGAGCACCUGUCGUGAAAUUUCAUGUCUAUUGAUGCAGCCAGUUUGUGCAAUUUCUGAGAAAUGCCUUUCAGAAACCCAUUCGAGAGCCAAAAAAGACACAUUCCAAAUAAUUCUUCAGCGAACCGGACACAAGGGAAGAACGCUAAUCGAGAAGUGCAGCAAUCUUCAAGAAUAUUCUCAUGGCUGGUUAUUGAUUCAUCAUACUCGUGUUGCUGCUGGCUAACGCGUUAAUGGCAAUAUCUAAAUGUAUUUUGAGCAGUUGUGGGGGAAGAAUAUCAUGUAAUAGGAAGUAUUUUUUUAUCAUUCAACUGUCAGCAAAUUUACUGCAAGCUUUGAAUAUUGCUUAAAUUGCUUGUGCGAGAAAUGAAAAGAAAGUCGACGAAAGUUUGUCGAAGCUGUACUGAUGGAUUCUUUCAGAGGGUAGAUGUCAUACUGAAGCGGCACUUGGAGCAUAAAUAAUGUCCUCUUCUUACCUGCUUGAGACUCUUAUUUUAUGGAGAUGUAGUUCUGCAUUUUCAUUGAUUUCCAGACGCGUUUUCUUGGCGUCGUUCGCGUUCGGUUUUUUCAACCUCAACAUUUAUUCACCGGUUUACGCUUUGUUCAGUUCAAAAGCUCCUGUGGUUUAUCUCUUGAGCUUCUCAUUGGUCUCAAGACUUGUAUUUUUUGUCGAAACUGCUCAAAAAACUUGUAUUUUGUUUAGAUCCAGACCGAGAGAAGAAAGGGAAGAAACUCUGGCGAGAGCUUGAUGAGAAAAAGACAGGAAAAAAUUACCGUGUCUCUGUUGUAACCCACACGUGCCUGCGCCCUCGUUUUUCGGAUUGUGGUUGCAACUUUUCGGUGGGGGCUUCUCGAGUGUGCCUUGCAUUUGUUUUCGGUCGGAAAUCUCAUGACUUUAUGUAAGACGAGCGGGAUGCUCUUGAAAUUUUUUCGACGCUGAGAAAAAGAAGACGCGAGAAUCUCCGUUGUCGCGCAAAAUCUGCAUUCCUCUUCAGUGUUCAUAACUCAGAUCCGCGUGUUAUGUCCGAUUUUUUUUAUAAUGGCACAAGCUCGUAGUUAUCGGCACGGUGGUUUCGAUUUUGUUACGUAGGACUCGAGAGGGAGGAAAGAGUGUUGUUUUUUUUUUAGGGGGAGUAGAUUUCGUGGCAGUUCGACUUGCGGGAAGUUGUUUUUUUUUGUGUGUUUACUUUCCUUGUGGUACUCGUGAAUCCAAAUCCAUCCAUCUGAAGUGCUUGGCCAAGUAAGGAGCGGAGAUUAAGAGGAAACUAUGUAGACGAAUAUAUUUGCAUCAUUUCAUCGAAA